CUACUAGAGAAACUCUUGGUGUUCUUUUGUAUGCCUAAUUUGUGGUACUGAACAGAUACCUUAAGAGACAUGCUUUAGGAGCUUGUAUAGUAUUAUAUUGUGCUCAAUUCUUUUUCCCCCCAUAGAACAUUCACUUGAUCCUGCAAAGAUGGUUGGACUAAGACCCUCAGACAUCCCCCCUACUCCUGCUGUUAAGUUCAUUGGUGCCGGAACAGCUGCAUGUAUAGCCGACCUGUUCACUUUCCCACUGGACACAGCAAAAGUCCGGUUACAGAUUCAGGGUGAAUCUGCUGUGGCCGGGGCAGUUAAUGGAAUUCGGUACAAAGGAGUCUUUGGAACCAUAAGCACCAUUAUCAAGACAGAAGGACCCAAGAGUCUGUAUAAUGGAUUAGUGGCUGGACUCCAGAGACAGAUGAGCUUUGCCUCUAUUCGGAUUGGUCUAUAUGACCAAGUCAAACACUUCUACACAAAUGGAAGAGACAAAGCUGGAAUUGGCACCCGGAUAUUGGCUGGGUGCACUACGGGAGCGAUGGCUGUGACCAUUGCCCAGCCAACAGAUGUAGUAAAAGUCAGAUUUCAAGCUCAGAUCAGUCUACGUGGGGUUAAAAAGAGAUACAACGGCACUUUGGAUGCAUACAAAACUAUUGCCAAGGAAGAAGGCAUGAGGGGACUGUGGAAAGGAACAUUUCCAAAUGUGACAAGGAACGCCAUAGUAAAUUGCACUGAACUGGUGACCUAUGACCUGAUAAAAGAGACCAUUCUACAUCACAAACUAUUAACAGAUAAUCUCCCGUGCCAUUUUAUGUCUGCUUUCGGGGCUGGUUUCUGUACCACAGUUAUAGCUUCUCCGGUGGAUGUUGUGAAGACCAGAUACAUGAAUUCCCCACCUGGGCAGUACAAGUCUGCUGUUAAUUGUGCAUGGACCAUGCUUAUUAAAGAAGGACCGACAGCCUUUUACAAAGGGUUUGUUCCUUCUUUCCUUCGGCUGGGUUCCUGGAAUGUAGUAAUGUUUGUGUCUUAUGAACAACUAAAGCGAGCCAUGAUGAUGUCAAGACAAAGAAUAGAGUACGCCGUGUGAUUCUAAGAUGAACAUUUACAGAGUGAAUGGAAAUCCCAAGACUUUUCUUACAUCCCCUGGAGCGUUCCUAUGCAACUACUCCUAGAUUUAGAUACCGUCUAUAAAACGAUGGUCAUGAUCUUGAGGCCGCCGUCAUGGCAUGUCCAGAACCGUCAUAUUGUCAAUAUGAUGUCAUUGUGCCAAUAUGAUGUCAUCGUGCCUUGCUCACAGUACUGCACUGGAAGGAGACAAGCUGAGAAACAUACUACGGAGCUUGAAUAAAAUUGAUAAACUCAGGCAUAGUUUUCAUAACCACUGCUGGGGUAUUUUCUCAAGGUGGUUUAACCGUUCCUUUAUGAUACCCCAAAGAAAGGGAAACUUCCCUUUUAACAUAUUUUUGCACUUAAACUUCAUAUUGUCAGUUUAUUGUGUUUAACUAAUCAAUGUCUUAUAUAUUAACUUACUUUACUAUUUAAUGUUAAAUGUUUAAUAGAUUUUAUUUUUUUAAUAAAACAAACAAAACCCAA